GCCGUCCCCACUCCUAACCCUAAUCGACCCAUUCACUAUUAUCAACGCUCUUAAACUUUUGGGGAUCUUCAAGCUAGUUGGGGAAUUUGAUUUGCUUUGAGAAAUGGUUUGCAGAUGCUGAAGAAGAAGUAAUGAGGAACUGAGCCGCCGGCCUCGUCGCGGUGUAGCUGUCCCUCUGAAGCCUCUGUCAGGAAUGGUCAUAGCUUUAUCAAGCCGUCUUUCCAGGACCCAUGUACGCCUCGGAAGAAAGUUAUCAACUUUAUUCUUGAAAUCAACAGUAGAACAGAGCUGAUUUAUCGUCUCCCGCCUUUUUUUUUUCUUUCUAUCACAGCAAAAGAAUGGAGGAAACAGAUGUGAGAUCUUCAUUCUUUUUUCCAAUAAUCCUUCCGAUAAGCGAAACACAGGCUAAUGGGGUGUCUUGUAUACAGGACGAUGGAGUUGACCGGGUCAGCAUCUCUACAUACAAGUCUUGAGCCGAAGGUUGCCAAUUUCAUGAAGGUCUUGUGCAGCCAGGAAAUCUAAAGGUAUGCGUUAAUGGAGAUGGAUAUGGACUCGCCUGAUUUGCCGACUGGAAUGUUGUCUGACAUCCAUUUGAAGAGAGGUGAGAAAGCUCUGCUUGAAUUCGUGGAAGCUGUUAAAUCGGCCAAAGGGUCUGGUCGGAAAGAGGAGGGUGUAUGGUCCGACCAUAGCCAGCGGUGGUUCACUCUCAUGCCUUCUACUAGGCCGUUCAUCUUCAAAGACCACAAACAAUUGGCAGACAUUGCUGCAGCUGGCUGCGAGACAGUGAGAGACAUCAAUGUCGCAUCCCGCCUCAUUGGAGAUAUGUCCGGUGCAACCCUGGAUGACCCGCUUUCGGAUAGAUACAAGAAGUUAGGUUGCUUCAUUUCUGCUCUUGACAAGGAAUCUGAUGACUACAAGAUGAUUGUGAAGUACCUGGAGACAACCUAUGAGCCUGUCAAAGUUGCAGACAUUGUGAGUCGGGCCAUCUGUGCUUUUUUAUACUGUUUGGAUAUCUGUUGUUGCAUGAAUUUAAUAGCUUGGGCUUACCUCAUACAGGAAUAUGGUAUUAGGGUUGAGGACAUCUUUGCAGUGGAAUGGAGUGUAAGCCCUUCCUUGGAGGAUGUGAAAACCUUGCCUAACAAAGUCCUCUUGUGGUGUGGUGAGUCUCCGAUGCAUUUUUUUCUCAAGCUCAGCAAGUUAAAUAUUGCUAUCCAACUUCAUUGUAUCAUUAUAUCCAGUAUUCCAGGAUCGAGGAGCUCGAACCUGCUGAGGCAUCUGCAGAAAGGGUUCUUGCCUGCAGUUUGUUCACUUCCUGCCCCAGGCUACAUGUCUCGGCGAGCGAUCGUUUGCUCCGAUGCAGCAGCAGAAGCAGCUAGAUAUGGAUUUACUGCUGUGUAUAGGCCAGAAGGGUUCUUGGUCCUGGCAGUGGCUUCUCUUGGACAUCAGAUCGUCCACCUGAGGAUACCAAAACUUUGGAAGAGAAGAAAGUUGGGGUCAAGGGUUUAGGCAGGAAGAAGACCGACGAAGCGGAGCAUUUCACUUGGAGGGACGAGAUCAAAGUUCCUUGUGGGAAACUAGUGCCAUCAGAUCAUAAAGACAGCGUCCUGGA